AGCAUGUGAUGAUCUGAGAACUUGAGAAACUUUGAAAAUUACUUGCAUGGAGGAAGUGGGAACGAAAGCUCGCUUCCACACAAUAGACGUGUGGCCUCUCGAUUCUGGAUUGAAUUUCCCGCUGUUCUUGAUCUCCUCCAUCCAACCCCCACCCUUCUGCACUCGCUUGGCUUUGAUUUGGGGUGGACGGCAAUUGUUAGAAUCCGCCCGCCCGCCCGCCCUCCCCUCGGCCAUUUUAGAAUUUUAACACCGCCAAGAUGGCCCUGCGCCGGUUUUUGUAUUCCUGUCGAGAUCACUUGAGCCUGACCGUGGACGAGAUCCUCCUCAUGGUCCUUCAGCAAAGUGGGCGAACCCAUCCUCCGACAGCCUUGAUGCCCUGUUUGGCCCCAGUUAGUUUGGGCUGGACCCACGCCCACCAUCGGACGCCAUCGGAUCCGCUUAAGGAUGAUUUUGGUCUCUUGCUCGCGGUUCCAAAGCAACGACGUAAUUGGCGGAACCGUAUGUGCCGCAAAUUUGGCGCGAUUCAGUGGGGCACGUACAAGUACCCCUUGAUGAACCGAAACAUGCGCGUGGAUCACAAAACCGGCGAGUUCUUCCGACUGGGUGUGGUAGCUCCCAAAUUUUACGAACAAGUCAAGCACGAGACUCGAGAGAUUCAAGCCAAAAUGUCCGAUGUUUUUGGUUUGGCCCCCAAAGACAAGGAAGUUAUCAUCAAAUACGAAAACGAAGAGGAUCCUUUGGACGGGGAUCGAAAGGUCGUCGAAAUGUCCAAGCCCAGACCGAGUUUCUUCACCUCUAACCUAUCGGAGCGAGUAGCCACUUCACCCAAGGACUCGACCACUGUCCGACCAUCUGGAUUAGGUUGAAUGAAGAAACGCAAACGUAGUUGUGAAAUAAAUAUACACAAUAAAGUAAAGCCAAGUUCCGUC